GGUCUGGGCCGUCCAGCACACGCACCCAAGUUACGCAACGGUUUCCGAUCAAUAUGGGAGGCCUACCCUUUGCAAACCUGUUGGCUCGUAAGAGCAUCAUGCGGGGUUGCAACAGACUUCCGCGGACUCCAAGAUAAAAAGCCUCUUACCACCCACCAGUUUUACAACACCGUUCUCAAUCCAACUUUCUUUGACCGUUACCCGUUCGGCUCAUUAGAAACUCUACAUCAUGCCCGGAAAGACCCUUCUCAUCCUAGGCUCCGGACCAGGUAUCGGCGUCGCGGUCGGUCAAGUAUUCAGCGUCCGCGGCUUCACACAUAUCGCCCUCGUCUCGCGCGAUAGCAACCGUCUGAAGGAAGACCAGGACAAAGUCCUGGACGCCAUCCAGGAGCGAGGUUACAGCUGCCAAGUCAAGACAUGGGCCUGCGACCUCACCGACCUGAAUGCGCUGAAAAGCCUACUGAACGAGAUUGAGGACUUCGGAUCGCUCGAAUGUGUAUUCUUCAACCCGGCUAGGGUGGCGGGUAAGCCGCCACUUGAGGAAAGCACGGAGAUGAUUCUGAAGGAUUUCACGCUUACCAACCUCGCACUUUACGAAACGGCCAAAUGGGCGAUCCCGCUCCUCAAGCAAGCAUCAUCCGACAGCUCGCCAUCGUUCAUCGUCACAAGCACCAACCAGCUCUGGAAAGAGCCUUUCCCAGACCUAGUCUCGUUGUCGAUGGUGAAGUCCGCCCAACGCGCUUUGGUGCUAUCUAUCCACGCCAAGUUUGGCGAGGACGUACACGUUGCGCUGCUGAGUGUUGGUGGCGUCGUGUCGCCGGCGAAGAAGAACCUCAGUCCGAUGAGUAUUGCCGAGAGGUGCUAUGAGCUGUACAAGCAGCCGAAGGGAAAGUGGGAGAGGGAGAUUGAGAUUACUGCCGCUGAAGGUGAGGAGGUCUCCUAGAACGGUUUCGGAAGUAGACAAGUUAUGACCUAGCCGAUUCCGCGCACGCGAUGUAGCCUCAAUUUGUAUAGAGUAAUAGAACGACUCGGACCAUCAUGCGUGGCGGCGGGGUCCUCUUGGCCGUCAAAUGAUGUGAUUGGACCCGAUGACGGAGCUCAACCCAAAGCCUCCACUAUUUGCGAGUACUUCUCCGAGGUUCCAUGUCGCAAUUGUAUCUCCAGGGCCGACUGAUCUCUUCCUGCCACCGCUUAGGACG